ACAUGACCCCCACAGGGGAAGUGACCCCAGCUCACUUUCUGGUCCUGAGGUCACAGGUCCUGGACCCCCACACAGGCAGGUCCCCAGUCACUUCCUGGUCUGAGGUCACAGGUCCUGGACUUCCACAGGGGGCAGGUCCCCAGUCACUUCCUGGUCCUGAUGUCACAGGUCACUGACAUUCCAUGUAUCCUGGAGACCAAGGCUGGGGAAGCUAGGACCUGCAGGGAAGGUCUUCCUCCUUGGGCUGGAGGAGCAUGGCCGUGAGUAGAGGAGUAGGGACCCCCGUCCUUGUCCUCCUGCUGUGCUGCUGGUGGGAAGCGCAGCCCUGGCCAGGGAAAAUGCAUUCAGGUAGAACUCCAAUGAAACCAGAAGACAGAGACCAUGGACCUGAAUCAGGCAGGUUCAAGUCCAUCAAGUACUAAAGCUCUAGAUGAUGACGUGGCCACAGUAUUUGAUGAAAUUCUUGUCCAAGAGCUUUUGGAUCCAAAGAAAUUAGUAACCCUUGAAACACGAAGAUCAGCAGCUACAUUACCACCAAAAAUAAUGACGAAAAAAAACGAGAAAGAAACGCUUUAUCAGAUUAAAAGCCUUGCAGCUCUGGAGAAAAUCAUCGACAGUCUUCGAAGAAUCAUAGGGUAUAGUCUCAAGAACAAACAAAGGCUGAGUGAGAGCAUGCUGACUUCCAUAUACCACAAGAAAGACUAAGCCCGGCCUGAGGAACAGGACCCCAGGAGCUGAGCGCCCCGCCCUGGGCAAAGAUGAAGCAGAAUCAAAACCAUUCCAUGUCAGGAAAAGUGCUUUUAAGGACACCAAAUAAAAUUAACAGGUUUAAACACA